AUGGGACACCGAGAGAUCACACCGGUCCAUGUGCCGCUUCGAACAUCGAGUCGCAAACCAGCACAACACGACCCAAUGAGCACUAAGGACCAGACCCGAAUCGACCGGCGAACCUCGAAAGCCCAAAGAUUUUUCGGAACCGACAUAUCACUUCCUACGGAACAUGGCGGGUGGCAGGAGCCUCCAAAUGCAGAGCUCCGGCUUCGUUCCGUUCCCGCGCUCUUCAGAAAAUACUCUCAUUCCCCCGAUCAAAACCUUCGCGUACGGGCUUCCUCGCCUCUGCUAGGCCAUGACUAUCGAUCGCAGGAGGCUGCGCCGCCGCUCCCCAAGUCGUCGAAAAAGGUUCACCAUGCUGGUUCCUCGUCCACCCUUUUCUCCUAUUUCAGCAAAGAAUCCUCCAAAUCACCCAAAUCCUCUAAAUCACCCAAGAACCAACUCCAACCUAGAGUACGACAUGGUCUGGCGAGUCAGCCAGAAGUGACAUACACGCAGGCUCAAGAUCCGCCGAAAGAGUCUAAGCGGAAGAUGCGUCCUCCAAAAAUCGAUCUUUCCGUCUUGUUCCCCAAGCCACGGAGUCCCACAGAACAAACACUUCUUUCCCCCACCGAAUGGAUGACCGGCGGCACGAGCAAUUCUACUACGAGGAGAUACGUCGACCCACCUCCCCCUCCUCGCCGAUCUUCGAUCACCAAAAAUGACCCACCCAAGCAUAGCGGUGAUAAUUCGGAUUUGCCUUCCAUUGCGGAGAGCAAAAGUAGUGACUGGCUAGAACAACCAUUCGAGCGGACAGUAGGGACGAGUGAGAUUGAUUUGGCCCUGGAUCGAUAUGCGGGGCGACGAUCACUUUUGAGUCGCUCAAGCGUAUAUACUACUAGCCGCGAGAAAUUGCAGCAAGAACAGCAACGCCCCGAAGAACCCCGGAAGAGCUCAAGACGCGCCCACAGCCCCUCUCGAUCUAAGGAGACGUACUUGAGUCCUGCCACAUGUCCAGACCCUAAGCGUGGUCGUGGCUUAAGCACUUCCCAGGAAUCUUGGAAGACCAAUGAGUCAAAAUCAAAGAGCGACAAGAGCUCAUUGACCAAGAAGAGCAGCAAAAGCACCUUGAAAAACAAAGAUCUGCGAAAUACCAGUAUGCUUUGCCUCUCUUCUUCUUCAGAGGACGAGGAUGACGAGGAUCAAACCCCAACCACCGAGUCAAAGCGCAAUGCGAGCAAGUCUAGAAGGAACAGUGUGGCUACUUACGACGAAUACGACCCCCAGAUCUACACGGCUUCCACUGCUCACGCGACCACUGCCACGGCGGUAAGACGAUUUGACCGGAAACUCUCGACUAGCACUCGUGGCUCCCGCCAAACCGAAAACAGCCUGCCAGUGCCAGUACCUCGCCCACGAAAAAGUGCUCAAUCCUCGAACGACAAGUCUCAAACAGCUGGGCGGACCACGCAAACUCGCCGUUCGAGCGGAGUUCCCACUAUCCCCGAUGAGAUUCUGGCGCAAUUCCCCCAGCAGCCUCUCCGCUCCCCCGCAGAGUUGAAAGAGUUGAACCGGAGGAGUCGUGUAAUCGCCGUGACCCGCCAAGAGCAAGAUCUCCUCGAGGCGAUGCGUAUCCGAAAGGGCAAGGUCACGCCGAGCCUGUUCAAUGCUCAAGGAGCGGACAGAAGAUCACUAGCCUCUGGCCCAUCCCGCGAUUCCUUCUGCGGAUCCGACACCUCAUUCCUGCGUCUCAGCAACGUAUUCCCGCCAUUCGACGUCCGAUCGGAAAAGGGUGCUACCCAAUAUAAAGAUGGAACGCCCUCCCAAAGCUCGGGGUCGGAUAGCGAACGGAAACCUCGCGCUAAAAUUUCCUCUUCUGGCUUCAGUGCGGACUACUCAGAGAGCUUGCCCUCCCCUUCCACCAGCGGUGCUUCACCGAUGACACCCACUUUGCCAAUUCAUCGUUUCUCGCCAAUUCCCUCUCCAAAGCCACCCCCAAGAGGGCCCCCGCCUGCCAUCCCCGGAGAUCAGAAGCAGCACACCCGCCGACGCACCGAUAGUAGCGAGGCUAUCCUACUAGACGAUGGCGCGGAGUCGAAAGGCAAUAACGGUCUUCCUCUCUGGUCCUUCGACUUUGAUUGGAACCGCGAAAGCGCUAAUAUCGGUUCUGUGCACUGA